CGCGUCUAUACCGUCUAGUACAUCUACCGUCGCCGUCGCGCAUCUUGCGUUCCUUAUUCUUUAUUUUCUAUCAAGACAGCAACACAGCGGCGACAAGAUGGUCCAACCCACCCGGCCAGCACAGCUCAUUGCUUCCUUACUCCUCUUAUUGUCCGCUGCAACGGCCCAGGACGUCCAAUACGAUGACAUCCAUAACAUUACAGACUUGGAGGGGACGUGGGCCUCUGGAUCAGGUCACGUUCAGACUGGAAUCAACUUCGCCAACCCUGUAACCGCGACGUUUAACGCUCCUACAACAUCUGGUAUCUCAUACUCCUUCACGGACGAUGGUUACUUCGAGGAGGCGCAGUACCGUUUUGGCUCCAAUGGAUCAAUGCCAAACUGCAUCACCGCCGUGCUCAUAUACCAACAUGGCACCUACGAGCUCAUUCCAAACGGAUCGAUGAUACUUACCCCGUUCGGCUCAGACGGUCGCAUGCAAGUGCAAGACGCGUGCGGAGCUGUUACCAACCAGAUCAUGCUCUACAACACUACCGAGCUGAUGCUGCAGUGGCGGAUCUUUGCUGGACCGACACUACAGCUGUACCAGUUCGAUGGCAGCAUGCUUCCGCCCAUGGCACUCUACUACAAACCGCCUAACAUGCUCCCCACGUACCCGCUUACCAACUUCUCCGACCCCAACAUCAGCGGUGAGGGUGUCCCCCUUCCCGUUAUCCAUCGCCGUUCGCACAUUUUCGAACCGCUCCAGGAGAGGCAUUUCGAGGAGGAGCACAUCACCGUCAAGCGCAGUGGUGCCAUUCGCUUGAGGGGUGAUGCGCUGGCGCUGGUUACUGGUACACUUGUUGUCAUUGCUGGUGCAGCGAUGAUGAUAUGAGUAUUUAUAGAUACCUGGUAAUCGUUCUGGUUCAUGGACUUUCCGAACUUUCCCCUGUUCAUCUUGCAUCUUUACACUUUAUCGCGUACUAGUCUUAUGUUGCCUGCAACAGCAUCAUGUAUGAAAGUCACUUCGCUCAAAUGGAUGGACAUUCACGCCC